AUGUGUAUUGCCGUUGUGCAAAGCUGCUUCAGAACAGCAAAAAAAGAUGACAAGUGUGCAACUGUCCCAUCAUUGAAGCCAAAUGAAUGUAGUGGUUUGAACUGCACAGGACUUCCCAUGCAAAAAUGGCGCAAGAUAAAAUGCCUUCCUUUUUCCUCCAGUGGUCGCAUAGGUUUAUGGUGCGAUAGAAUCGCUUCCUUUUUCUGUGGAGGAGGGACUCGUCCUUGUAUUGAAGCGUUUAAAGCCAAUAAAAGUUCUUCAAAUCAGAUCUAUAACAAGAUCAGCACCGAAAAAUUCAUCUUCGAAGCAGAACACUGCAGAUUUUUCGAAUUUGUCAUUAAAAAGAAAUCGAGGGACCCGGAUUACAGCUGUACCGUCGGAAAUUUAAAUCAUUCAAACAAAAUUAAUAUUAAGGAUGCAAAAAAACAGUUUGGAGCUUCAAUCCGAAGUACAUGGUGCAGCAGCCCAGGAACGGUCGAAACUUCAUCAAUGGAUCAAAAAUUGCAGGAUAUAUUUUUUGCUGCGUUUAUCCUUGAAGAGUCUUUGUUAAGCUUUGGCAGUAAUCAGCUGAACGGGACAAAUCCCGAAUUCCUCGAUUUCGAUGAAGAUCUGAAUUUCCAAAUCAGACACAAUGCUCUCCAGAAAGGAAAUGACUUUCUGUUUAAUGGAAGCAAUGGGGAGAACUUUAUCAAGAUUCCCCAAGCUAAUCUGGAUCAACACUCGGUAGUACUUGGACUCGCAUACAACGAUCUAUCCGACCUUUUAUCAAACUAUUCAGCAGACACUGAUGAGGAAGGCAACAAAACAAGGAUACUUGACAGUAUAAUUAUGUCCGCCGUGAUAGACCCUCAGCCUGAAUUUCUGACAGAGAAUGUCACGUUGGUCUUUAAGAACAAGAAGGCGGAUCGUAAAAAUAGAACAUGUGUAUUCUGGAGCUUCUCUAAAGACAGGUUUGGGGGUUGGUCAAGUGAAGGAUGUCAGACAAAUAUGAUAUUUGAUAACCAAACAGAAUGCGUUUGUAAUCACAUGACCCACUUUGCUGUGCUCAUGGAUUUUGCCGACAAUAGUGCCGACGGAAAGGAUAAAACUCGUUCGUCAGAUGAACAUGGUAAAAUACUGACAAUCCUCACUCAAGUAGGGAUGGCUUUAUCUCUCACUGGAGUCGUACUCACAGUUAUCGGCUAUACUCAGCUCACAGACAGACAUUCACCUUUGUGUCAUAUACGGGUUAGUCUGACGUCCUGUAUUGGAGCAGGACAUGUCAUCUUUUUCGCUGGAAUAGAUGCCACGGAAAAUAAGGCUGUUUGUGUAGCUGUGGCAGCUCUUCUGCAGUAUUUCCUAAUGGCUUCAUUUUCCUGGAUGCUUAUCGAGGGCAUUUAUAUCUACUUAUUUGUUGUAAAGGUGUACAACAUCGCCGAUAAAAUCUUUCGUUAUCAUGGCUUUUGCUGGGGUAAGGUGCAGUACCACUCAUAA